GAGCGCUGUGGGCUUUGCCGCUGCACCAGGAGGCGGCGCUAUUUCAGAGGUACAGCAAGAGCCUAAGCUUCUAGAGACAGGAAGGGCAGCUUGGCUGAAAGACACAUUAAUUCCCAAAUACCUGUUUAACACUGUGACCGUUAAGCGAGAAAAUAGGACUGGCAAAGGUGCACCAUGUCUGACAGAAAGGCUGUUAUCAAGAAUGCUGACAUGUCUGAAGACAUGCAGCAAGAUGCUGUUGACUGUGCCACACAGGCAAUGGAGAAGUAUAAUAUUGAGAAAGACAUUGCUGCCUAUAUCAAGAAGGAAUUUGAUAAGAAAUACAAUCCAACUUGGCACUGCAUCGUUGGCAGAAACUUUGGCAGCUAUGUAACACAUGAAACAAAGCACUUCAUCUACUUUUAUUUGGGCCAAGUUGCAAUUCUCCUCUUUAAAUCUGGCUAGGAGAAGGAGUAUAUUCCAUGGUGGACUGUAAUGCACUGAUGGCUGAAGCCAGGAUCCUGUCUAAUAUGGCUGUGCAGCUGCAUGGACUGUAUACUAUAUUUAAUGUGUAUAUGUUGCAGUAAAAUUGACUUCUGUUUAGUUGCCUGGAGAGAAGGCAGCUUUAUUUUGUUACUGCUUUUUUUUUUUUUUUUUUUCCUUUUUUUUUUUUUUAAAUUUAUUUAUUUUUUUCUUUCCCCCUUUCUUUUGUUGUCAUGCACUUGGGGAAAAUGUAAAUGCUUUAUAAUGGCCUUUAAAUGGGAAGAAAACAAAUAAACUAUUCUACAUCAAAUCUUA